GCAGCACAAGUAAUGUCAAAUAACAAUUUCAAAGGAUUUUAAAGAAAAUUUGUUACUAGUAUUAGUUAAGAAAGUACCUAGGUGUAAAUGUGAUAAGAAACCGAAUACCUAUCUACAAUAGAGAAACGGUGAAUGAAGGAAAAUGUUUGUCGCUUCGGCUUCUACUACUGUGAAAUUUCAUGAAUUCCCCAAUGGAAAUGUUAUGCAUCACUACCAACCUGGUAACAAGGUGGAAGGACCCAUACGUAGCAUAUCGUGGAGCAGAGAUGGGAACUGGCUAUCUUUGGUCCCAUUUUCCGGCCACGCCGAUGUUGUGAGCGUAAAAGACCAAUUGAAACUUAUCAGAACAAUCCAAGAUGUCGAUGAGCCAUCUUGUGUCGCCUUUCUAAACUCUACAAAGAAACUUAUUGCUCUGGGUACUAAAGGAGGACAGGUAUUUAUUUAUGAUAUUAAAAUGAAGAAUACAACAAAGAGAUUUCCAAGGGCUUCUAGUUUAAUAUCCCAUGUUGACUUUACUGCCAAAGACACUCAUUGCGUUGCUGGUUGUACAAAUGGUGAUAUUUUACUCUUCAGUAACACAACAAACAAUCUUUCUUGUACACUCAGAGUACCUAAAUCUAGAUCUGUAACUAGUUUGAGAGCAAAUCGGUUUAAGAGAAAUCUCAUUAUAGGAGGGAGCAAUGAAGGUAUAGUAGUUGUUUGGGAUAGUAAUGUUAAUAAAGUAAAAUUUACAAUGGAAGCUCAUAAAGCUCCAGUAACAUCUGUAGCUUUUUCUCCUGUAAAUUCUGACUUAGUGGUAUCAACUGGAUCGGAUCGUCAGUUCUGUUUCUAUGACAUAAUAGAUAGUAAGCGUAUUGCCAGCGUUCCAGUAGAAAACAACAUUACAGCUGUGGAUUUUUCUCCUGAGGGUACUUACUUUGUAAUGGGAUCACAAAAUGGAAGAGUAUAUAUAUACGACUCUAGAAACAUUCAAGAACCAGUACAUUCAUUCUCUGGUCAUACUAGUGCGGUGAAACACUUAAUUUUCCAAAGAAGCUUAGAUUCAAAAAGUGCAAGCUCGAGUAGUAUUUCAGAUGACAGUAUAGUUCCUAUCCAAACCUUAGAGGAGCCCAGUAAUUGCGACAGCGAUAUUUUUGGCAUGUUUAUUCAAAUUCCCUCUAAUGAAAUGGUAGAAAGUAUAAAAACUUCCGGAAAUUCCAUGGAAGCAGGAGAUUCCUUUUUUGCUGCUUUGGGAUUGGACAAAAAUAAUACAUUAGAAUCAUUUCAACAAGAUGUUUCUACCGAAAGUACCAAAAAAUGGCCCGAGGAUAAGAAUAAUUCCGCUCAGAAAAGUACUCAUGACAAGAUAGGUCUAGUAGACUCUAAACAAAUCCAAAUGUCGUCCACACCAAAAUUCUUUCCACAAAAUUUUAAAAACAUAAGAUCUCCAUCUUAUACCGUAAAUCAGGGUUAUGCAAAUUUGACUUUAUCCGAUGUACAAACUGUUAUUAAAGAAACAGUUAAAGAGGAUGUGAAAGCAACUUUAGAGGAAAUAAGAACUGACAUAAAAUUCCAAGCAACUCAUACUACUUACCAGAUUAAGAGGAUGCUCUUAGACUUUCAAAUGGCAAUGGUGAGGGAGUUUAUUAAAGUAGAAAAUUUUUGCAACAGCAUUAGGGAUGAUUUAACUACUGAUUCUCCUAGACAUGCUGAAAAUAAUUACCUAAUGGAAGAAAACGAACAGUUGAAAAAGAGGAUUGAGUUCUUGGAACAACAAGUUGCAUUUUUAACUGUAACUGAUCAGGCUCAGAUGGAGCAACAUAAGUAGAAAUUAUAUGUAUAGGCUUAUUCUUGGUAUUUAAUGAUAUUAAGGAAGAAAUGUAAAAUACCACUUGAAUUACUACUUUUAUAUAUUUCAAUAGAACCUGU